AUGGGGGCGCGGCGUCGCGCGCUCCGACGUCGGCAGCGGCGCGCGCGGGGCCAGCGACCGAACCGUGGCGGGCCGAGUUCGCGGCCCCAGCGGCAGAGUUGGAAGGACGUGUGUGCGUGUGCGUGCGCCGGCGCUCGGCUCCGCGCUGAACGGAGGCCGCUUCGCCGAGAGCAGCAGCAGCAGCCGGUCUCCCCGCUGGUGUGCGAGGAUGUGAUGCCGCCGCGUCGGCCGCUCCCUGCGCCUGCCUGGCUCCUCGGCCUGGCGCUGGCCGCGGCUGCGACGUCGGCGGCCCGGUCGCCGAACACCGCGUGGUGCCCCGUGGCCGAGUGCACGUGUUCGGGGACGCAGCGGAGCGCCCUGCGCGUCGACUGCUCCGCGCUCGAACUGGCGCGCGUGCCGCCGGUGUCGUCGCAGGAGGCCGGCAACGGGACUAGCACGCCGCCGGCGCAGCUGCAAGUCAUCAGCCUAGAUCUGAGCCGAAACAACUUGACGUCCCUCGACGUGGCCGCUUUCGCCGACUACCCGGGGCUGAGAGAACUGCAUCUCGAGCACAACGGACUGGAGUGGCUUCCAGAUGACACGUUCAAGGGCGCUGAUGGUAUCACGUUCCUGUCACUGGAGGCCAACAACUUCACGAAGAUUCCAUGGGAGGCACUCAGAGAACUUCCUGCACUGGAAACAUUGCACCUCAACAGGAACCACUUGACGGAGGUGAGCCCGGCGGCGGAGCCGUCCUUUCACCGAAGGCUGCGCAAGGUGUGGCUGGACAGCAACCUGCUUUCGCGAGUGCCCGUGCAGUGCAUUCAGUCCCUUCCCAGACUUGAAGCCUUAGGCUUGGGAGAGAAUCUCAUCAAGGAGCUGAAGUCGCACGCGUUCGGGAAUGCGUCGCGCCUAGAAGUGCUAAUCCUCCGAAAGAAUCAUAUCAGCGACAUCGAUCCUCGCGCUUUUCAUGGCUUGCGGUCUUUGCAGGCGAUAGAUCUUAGCCACAACAAGCUGACUCAUCUGCCCAUCGCGCUCUCUUCACUAAACAUGCUCAAAGAACUCAUUAUAUCGGACAACCAGAUCCGUUUCCUCGGCGAGGAUUCCUUUAGGAGCAACGGUGGCCUGACCCUACUCGAAUUGGCCAACAAUCCGCUGGAGUCCUUCGACAGGAAGACCUUUUCACGGCUGCCGUAUCUGAAGAGGCUAUUGGUGAAAGAAGCUCGGGCACUGGAACACUUUCCGGACUUGAACGGCACGCACUCGCUGGAGCAGAUUCGCCUGAGCAGAGCACGCUUGAGCUCGGUACCCAACGACCUUUGCCGUGCCGUCCCGAAGCUCAAGAUACUCUACCUCAUGUCCAAUCAUCUCACGCAGGUUCCUAAUUUAACCGACUGCUCGGAGCUCCUUAUCCUGGAUCUGACGUACAACCGCAUCGAAUUCCUGGAUAACUCGCCAUUCCUUUCUCUCAAGAAGCUUCGCGAUCUUAACCUUGGCAACAACCUCAUCCGUCGCAUAGAGGACACUGCCUUCCACGGGCUCACAUCUCUGCAAGUGCUGGCGCUGCAGAAAAAUGGCAUCAGGGAAAUUCAUCCGGACUCUUUUGUUCCCACCGCGAAACUUCAAGAUCUGAACUUGGCGGACAACGCGUUCCCGGCGAUGCCAUACCGCGGCCUGCGCGGCUUGCAUCGCCUCGUCACGUCAGGCAACCGUCACUUGCGCAGCUUUCCGCCCCCGGAGGCGUUUCCCCGCAUCCAGAAGCUGUACCUCUCCUACUCGUACCACUGCUGCGCGUACCUGCAGUCGGUGGGCAGUGGGACGCCCGACGCACCGGUUGCCAAGGACGCCGUGCUAUGGCUCAAGAAGGACGACAUCGACAUGGACAAGUGGACCAGCCUCAGCAAUGCCUCCGCGUUGGACGUCUUUCCGGAUAACAUCACGUCAAAGUUCCAAGAGUUUACUCACCAGCUAAUCAAGGUCUUCGGCCAGGACUACAUCAUUCCUGACAACUUGGCCCAGUACUACGGUGAAUACCUGGAGGACUACAAGGCCCUCUAUACAAGCGACGAGGAAUUCCAGUACCCCGUGCAGUGCAUUCCACUACCAACCCCAUUCAUGCCGUGCGAGGACCUGUUCGGCUGGUGGACGCUGCGCUGCGGCGUCUGGGUCGUCUUCCUGCUCGCCAUGCUGGGCAAUGGCCUCGUCGUGGUCGUGCUCUCGCUCGGCCGCUCCAAGAUGGACGUGCCGCGGUUCCUUGUGUGCAACCUGGCGCUCGCCGACUUCUUCAUGGGCAUCUACUUGGGGUUCCUAGCAGUCGUCGAUGCCUCUACUCUUGGCGAGUUUCGGGUAUACGGCAUCGGUUGGCAGAUGUCUCCUGGCUGCCAAACGGCUGGAUUCCUCGGCGUGCUCAGCUCAGAGCUUUCCGUGUACACGCUGUCGGUGAUCACCAUGGAACGAAACUAUGCCAUUACGCAUGCCAUGCACCUCAACAAGCGGCUAUCGCUCAAGCACGCAGGAUACAUAAUGGGCUGCGGUUGGAUAUUCGCGCUUGUCAUGGCGUUGCUUCCAUUGCUGGGCGUCAGUGACUACCGGAAGUUCGCUGUGUGCUUGCCGUUCGAAACAGAGGAUUCGCUCACGUCAUUGGCUUAUGUUGUCUUCCUCAUACUCAUCAACGGCGUCGCCUUCCUCAUCCUCAUGGGCUGCUACCUGAAGAUGUACUGCGCCAUCCGAGGCUCACAGGCGUGGAACUCAAACGACUCUCGGAUCGCUAAGCGCAUGGCGAUGCUCGUCUUCACCGACUUCCUCUGCUGGGCGCCCAUUGCAUUCUUUUCGCUCACCGCGGUGGCCGGGCUUCAGCUUGUAUCGCUCGAGGAGGCCAAGGUGUUCACUAUCUUCGUGCUUCCUCUGAACAGCUGCGCUAAUCCAUUCCUCUACGCCAUAUUCACGAAGCAGUUCAAACGCGACUGCGUCCUCAUCUGCAAGCGCAUCGAGGAGUCUCGCGUCACGCGGGGCAUCGGCCGCUGCCGCCACAGCUCCAACUUCUCGAACCGCCACACCCUCUUGGGCACCAACUCAGCGGGCGAAAGGCUCACGGACCAGCAGGCGCCCGGACCGCCGUGCCAGUGCGGUCUGGCCAAGGGAACGACGCGGGGAACGCCCAGUGGCUGGAAGGCGUUCGCGCUUCGCUACCUGCUCUGCCGGGACCCCGACGCCCAUCCGGCGGACGUCGACGGCUACAACUACGCGCUGGCACGCAUCCAGCGCACCAUGGAACGCGGUGGACAUCGGGCGUCCAGCAUUUCGAGCGAGAACUUCUCGUCGCGCUCGGACAGCUGGCGCCAAGGCAGUAUCCCGCUGCGGCUGCUGGGCGGCCGCGGAGGGGCCUCCUGGGCCGUGGUUGGCCGCAAGCCAUCCCAGGACUCGAGCCUGUCCUGCAGCAGGCCGGACUCUUCGACAUCCACCGUGCGCAUGUCGCGGUCGUCUGUCAGUAGCGACGGGACGGCGCGUGGUCCGCCCGUGACUAGGGCGACCGGCGCUGAACCUGGUCGGCUUCUGAGGGCCUCGACGCGCGACAAGCCACAGCUCUGCCGGCAGCUGGCCGUGGACGACUCGGCUAGGGCCGGUGCCGCGCCACCGCCCCGCUCGCCGCCGUACGCGCAACGACGGAGGAGCGAUAACCUGUGUCCCGCUUGCUGCCGGAAAGAGGCCUCGCUGCCUUUCAAGAGCAAGGAGUUCGAAGAAAAGUUCAACUGCUUCUACAACCGGCUUGCCGAGACCAGCCACGAGGACAGCAGCGAACUGUCCAAGGAGGAGCACGUCGUGCUCUCCACCGAUCAGUCAGAGCCGCGUAACUCGGUGAAGGAUGACACGACAAACACGUCGUUACAGAGCGAGUCUGGCCCUAGCGGCGUUGUUCAACCGGGGACCUCAAAAGCGUCGUGCGACUCGCCGGAGCAGCAGCAGCAGCAACAGCAGCAAGAACAAGAACAAGAACAAGAACAACAACAACUGUCUUCGGUCUCCGAGGAACCGCGAAAGAAGAAACGUGCACACGGCAAAAAGAAAAUGCACAUAAGCGUAGACGACAUCAGCAGCCAGGGGCGCAAGGCCGCUCCAGGAUCCUACCAGACGGGCCGCAAAGUAGUGUCCGACAACUCCCUCAAGAAGAUGUCUCUCAAGAACUUGCCCCAGUUCCUGCGUUCGCUGUCUAGUCACAGCCCGAAGGGCAAGUCCGAGACCAAGGAGCGCAAGCUGAAGGUGAGCAGCCAGAGCCACCUAAGGCCCAAGUCCUCUGAGAGCCUACCGUGCUCGAAGAGCGACACGCGCAUCCACAAACAGGAAGGCAGCUUCCAGGAGUGGAGCCAGCUCGAACCCAUUCCUCACGAUGGCAGUGACGCCGACCGCUCGGACUCGAACUCAGACAACGACGACGUCUUCAUCGAGUUCAGGGCGAGGAGCUCCUGCUGCGAGCUCGGGUCGAGGCAGGAAUGCCGCGCCUUGCUUGCGACGGAAGAGCCAAAAGUCGAAGAUGUCGAAAAAGAAAUCGAGGACCCUCCUGUAGUGAGUGGUGCUGAAGGGUCUUCUCUCAUGAGCAGCGCUACCACAGAAACAGAGGAGCACUGACUGCACACAUUUUCUCAUUAUUGGGCACACCUGGUGUGACGACGUUCGCCACAGCCACCGGAUACCUCGCUGCAUAGAGCAAGGCCUCUAGCACCAUUCCAUGCAAAGAAGCCACCUCGAUGUAUAUAUAGGCCUGCGUGCAAUGUGUACGCUUAUUUCAUUGGGAUCACAUAUGCAUUCAUAACUAAAGAUGACGAAAGCUCUUAUUUAUUUGUGCUUGCAUGUAACACAAUCCAUCAUCCUUGUUUUGCAAAGAAUCAGUGCGUGGACGACCUUGACAAUGCACUGAAUAAUUCGGAAAUUUGCGAUGGCUAGCAGCCACAUUAAGAAGCUUGCCUUGAGUGGCACUCGCUGUUCAUUGGCCAAUGCAUUGCUUGUCGUCUUGUUCUUGUCAUGAUUGACCAUAACUCAUGAACCAGUCUAUGCUAAAUCGUUUUCACGGGAGAAAGGCUUCUUGCAUAUGUUUCACACACUUUCGUGUAUUGUCUUGUCAGAAUGUGCUGCAGAUUGUUGUCGCAUUAAAAGCAGCGUACGAAGCAAAUCAGUCCGUAAGAAUUUGACUGAGCUGCAUGGUCUUUAGGGGGGGGGGGAACUCUGGCUGUUUUUGCACAAGUAUUAUGUCACGUUAGACGAUCUCCAACAACAUGCCGUUAUGGUUUAUAACGACAUGACUGAAUGGUAUUCACUCGUCUGUAGCCACACCAUAGAGCUGCUUGCUAUGAAAUGGCAGCUCUGAAUGUGUGCAGUAUUGAAAUGAAAUUUGAUUGUUUUCACGUUGCAGCACUGAAUUACCGCUUGUGUGAAAGUUGUCAAAUAAUAACUGUCAAAGUUGCACAGGAGCACUCUUGAAGGAAACUUGUACAAAGUUGUUUCCGCGAAGAACUUUCGACAGCAACAUGUUCUUCAUGACUCAUGAUGGCACAGCACGUCACAUUGAGUUCACGUCACGCCGGCCAACUGUAUUUUACGCAUCGUAGCUGCAUCAUCCUCUGGAUACCGCAAUGACGCAGGUGAUUUCGGCACGCUCUGUCAUCAAAAACGGGGCGUACCGUAGUGAAUAGAUUUUCAAACAGGCAGAAACAGCUGGAGCGCGCUUUGAUACAAGGGUUUACUUGGACGGUAACGCCAACAAAAGGGCCGUCUGACAUGUUUUCAACGAGAUAGGCUGGGACAUGCGGUAGCAUUACGUCUCUCUUGCAAGUUGUACGCACAAUUAGUAGAUACGUUAAGUAGAUACGUUAAUGUUGUUCAUCCUGGGAUAAGUAAAUUUUCUCGCACACUCAUCCCAAACCUUGUGUAGAAGCGUCAAACUGAUUUAGUGGUGAACCUCUUGCCUAUAAGUUAGGCCUAGCUUAAUCAUAGAGUACGUGUGCACGGUAACAAGGCGCCUACUCAGUGAAAUUGAGUGAACUCACGCGCCUGAGUAGCCAAGUUUAAAAGACACUUGCCUAACAUUCACUGAUUGUCAUGGUUAGCAGGGUAUGAGGAAAGCCGUUCAGGACCACUACACGAAACGGUCGUUGUCCUUUUCCUAGAAUACGCUGCCGCUUCUCCACCUCCUUCAGUAAUUCGUCGUAAUGACAACUACGAUCAUAAAUCAGUUCGUUAGACUGUCGAGUAAGAAGUGAAGCGCCGACGCUUCGCAAACCCCAACUUUCUCGUUGGCUCAAUGCGACAUGCAACGUUACCUCCCGAGGCUUGGGUACUGAUGUCCGUCUCUGGCACUGCGUUAUCUUUGGAUCCUUCUGACUAAUUUCAGUCUCUCAUUCAUUCCUAACGCCCUAUUAGAGGUUUCACAUCAGUUCUAGAUACUAUUAUAGAUUUUAUUGGCCUGUAUUUAUUUAUAGUUUUCUACAGCCGUUGUUUUCUUGUACUUCUCAAUAUGUUUCGUUUUCUAUUGACAUUGCCGAAUUUACAGCUUGGUAUGUGGACACCAGUUAGGGCCAGUUCAAGGCGAACUGCCGAAUGAAAACUGACACUGAUAAUUGCCAACUGAUAUACCGAACUUUCAUCCCAAUUGCACCGUCUUACGAUGCCUUUUAUUACGUUCAACUUGACUCCCUUUGGAUUACCUCCACCAAACCUGCCGUUCGUAUUGAUCCGCCCAGAUUCGCAUUUAUAGAUACGGCAUACCUUACACUGCCUUCCGCACAUCCUCGCCCACAUAUGCGUUCAAUGCACUACAUUUGCCAUAGGAGUACCCUGACACUGAUCGCUACAAUCACAACGUGCGCACCAUGUGUCCGGGGGCAUUUUUUUUUUCGGCAGGUGCGGGCACUGACAGUCGGGACAUUCUUGUUGAUGUGAGUCAUGUAACAUUUCUCAUGGCAAAUUUAUCACCGGGGCUUUUAUUUUCUUUUUCUUCUUUAAAGCUCCGCAAAAGUUCAUACAAAGCCAGGUUACUUUUAUGAAGGAAUUUUGAAGCAAGGAGAAACCGUGCCGGGGAAAUGUCCGAAAGACCGUCGUCGAAGCGACAACCUGGCUUUUGACAAAUAAGCACCAAAUAAGUAUCGAUUCCCGCUAAACUUCGAAGUUUUAUGGUUGUAGUAUGACGAGAACACGUCCUGACAUAUUGCAGUUAUGGUCGUCGCAUUGUUGAAGUUUGUCACAUAAAAUUCAUAUCACAUAAGCUUGAAUAAAUGUGCUGAUGAUUGAGCCACGAAACUGUGCCGCUUCUCACGCUGCAUGUCGCUUAAGUCUUGAGGUUCGCGCUCACUUGGUGAUCCUAAAUGUGAUUCGCUUUUGGAGAGAAAGUGAGUGUGUGGCAACUCGCAAUUACCGUCUCGGAAAAACAAUCUGUAAAAAAAUAGAACUAUAACACCGAAAAGCAACCGCCCGCCUUCUCGAUGAUUUUCUUCCUUUCUCAGUGGAUCCUCAGAAAAGCAGCGAACAUCUUGACAGAAACAUUACUCGUAUGUUAACUUCUGUGAUUUAUUGCAAUUAUAUUUACGUAAGAUUACGACAUACGGUAUUUUGAAGGACACUUUAACGCAGGCAAGAAACUGAAGUAGAGUUUCUGAAAGAGUUAUUCUGUUUAUCAGCCUUCAUUCCAUACCCAAAUUGUUACAACAAUGUGACCGUUCUUAGCAAAUCUCCAUCCGUAAGAUUUAAUUUCCGAGCAAAUGUGUAUGCUGGUACAUCGGUUGACGCUAGACGCCGUACAAAACUGCAGAAAAGCGAACACUUUUCCAGGCGACAUUUAAAUUUUUUUUGUGAUAUUUAAUGACGUUCAGAAUACAAGGCACCGUAGCACAGAAGCGUCGCGAGAUACGCUGAGGAAAAUUGGCGUUUCUACUGCCAUGUUGCCGGGCGGAAAUAGAACUGGCACUUCAGUCAAAGCAGAUGUGACAUUGUGUACAAAGGGCCGUCUUAUUGGCGGCUCUAAACCACACUGGUGCGUCGUUCACAUUCAGCCUUCAAGACGCCUUGACAUAUUCUGUGGUUGUUAGCCUAUAGCUUUUUACCUAAGCGUCACAUAUGCGAUGUGCAAAUCAUGGCACUAUCAAAAAAUGUGUUACAAUUCGUGUAAAAUUCAGACAGUAUAAAAUAUUAGCAUUUAUUUUACUCACAAAGAACGACAUUUAUUAUCUCUCAUUACAAGCACUGCCUGCGCGCUUGGGGUGUUUUUGAACAUCAUUGUCGUGGAUUCUUUCUUUCUGGAUGUAUUCGAGGGAGAAGAUUGACCUUGCGUUCCUUGUUAAACAUUCUCCAGCUCCGCUGUUAUUGUGGGAAACUCCAAAUAACUGCAGCGAACUUUUUGCGUUGACGCUUGCGACUUGUAUAUGACCUGACACGCUAACAUGUAUAUCGCAUUUGUCGGCGCUGAAGCUGGGUUCAGUCUGAGCAGCACUUUGCUCAACUGAUUGUGGCUGAGCAAACUGAGGCUGGCAUCAUUUGUUUGCCAUGAGAAUUACCUGGCAGCUGCACAAGCAAACGCGAUAUAAACACCUAUCUACGACUCCAUCGUCGCGAAUUCAUUCUGGUCAUUCAAGUGUCUGUCUAUUGUGGAACAAAGAUCAGGGUGUCGGCAAGAUUUGCGUCCUGUGGUCAACUUGACAAUGGAACGUCGGCGUGUGUGAUGGACUGUGAUAUAACGCGCGAAUAUAUUGCCAUUAUACACUCUUGUAUUAUACGAACACUGCGUAUUCAGUGCCAUUUUGAUGUGCUUGGAUGUUUUGAGCAUACAGACCCACUUGUAAUAUAUACAAACGGAAUAAACAAUCUUUUUUUUUCUUGCUCUGCGCA